CAGCCAAGAGUAUUGGUUCUAGAUCCACAAAUACAUCAAGCGUAUUCCUCCUCUAUCAACCACCUAAUUCCCAAUGAGGUCACUGCGAUGAGAGAGAAACAGAUCAAGACAGAGGAGGAGGAAGAGGACGACGACGAGGAAAAAGAAACCCAGACGCAAAGAGGCCAUCAGACAAGGUCGCCUUUUCUGGCGACACAGCAACUGUCAGGAGCGUGGUGCUGAAUAUCAUUCGCCCACUCUGACUCGGAACCAGAGAGACUCGCAGAAACACUUCGUGUUACCACGAAAACAAAGGAGAGGAGGCUAGAGCGAGCGGGAGAGAGAAGCUGUGAUCAGUUACUCUUGGAUCCCCAGGAAGCAAAGCUCACCCCCUUCGCCUGGAAAGAGAGGGGAGUCUGAAAGGGUCUGGGAGGCUAAAGAGGGCGCGGGAUCUUCCUGCAGAAACUUGGGACGUGGCAGAACUCUGGACAGCGCCUCGUGAGCCAGGCUCCAAGCUCCUGGGCAGCCUCAGGUUUCUGCUCCUUCCUGAAAGCCCUGCUACAGUGGUGUGCUCUCUUCACUCCGACCACCGAACCCGGGCAAAUUCUUCUACCAGCCCUGUCCAAACGUGCCAGAGGUGGAGCAGAUCUUUUGCCUCUGGCGCGGCCAGGGAGGAGGGUCUCCCGUUCUGGAAAUCCAGUCCUUGUGAUUAAUGCUUCGCUGGUGAAGAAAGAAAAGUUUGGGGGUCUGGUAAAGGGUGGAAGGGGUAAGAAGGACAGUGGAAGAAAGAAGGUGGAUGGUUGGUUUCCCUGUCUGAGCUGGAAGGAAUGAUGACCAAGGAAGGAUGUGCACCAGCGGCCAGAUUAUUGGGAGCCUCUUGGUGCUCUCUGUGCUGGAGAUAGGGCUGGGGGUGUCCAGCGUGGCCGUGGGAGCGGUCAGCUUCAGCCUGGCCCUCCGAGAGUACAAGCCGCAGCUCGGAGACUCGUCCCCGGUAUGGAGCGGGGUGUGUUUUCUUCUUUGUGGCAUAUGUGGAAUAUUGUGUGCCAAAAAAAAAUCUGGACUUGUCAUGAUACUCUUCUCAGCCUGCUGUAUCUGUGGACUCAUUGGGGGCAUCCUGAAUUUUCAGUUUCUUCGGGCAGUCACAAAGAAGACGUCUUCCCUCUACCCUCUGCACCUCGCCUCCAUGUCGCUCGCGUGCAUUGGGAUCGGGGGCUGCACCCUCUCUUCGUGGCUCACGUGUCGGCUAGCCAGCUAUGAACAGAGGAGGAUGUUCUCAGAGAGAGAGCAUUCGCUGCAUCACUCUCAUGAAAUGGCUGAGAAAGAAGUGACAGACAACAUGAGCAAUGGAGGACCACAACUAAUAUUUAAUGGAAGAGUGUAAUGAAUCUUUUAAAGAAUUGAACAUUUUUUAGGAUUUUCACGUGGCAAGGAGAUACCAAUGGAGUAGGAGAUAAAACAGUUGUUAUCUUUCCUGCACAUCUUUACUCUUUCUCAAUUUCUUCAGCUCUUUUGAGUGAAAAACUUUUCAGAAAUGUUCUAGAAGAGUGAUUUCAGUAGACUUUCUAGGUUGUUCUAAAAAAGACUUUCAAGAAAAAAAAAGUAAAGUAGGAUAAAUAAAACAGAAAUAAGAUUCAUAUUCUACACAAACAACUAUUUGAGUAGCAUGAGAAGUAGAUUUGUAAUGGCCUAGGUCCUAGGAGUUCUUUAAAAGUGCAAAUAAAGAAAAAUACCAAUAACUUAUCGAUGUCUUUGUUUUGAAAGACGGAUGGCUUCAAGAAUGCCAUAUUUAAAAACCUCAGCAAUGCCUUGUAAAAACAUUGCAAUGAUUUUCAAUUUGUGAAUGAACAUAUUUCAUAAUUUAUUUGUAAAUGACAAAAAAACCUACAUCUUAAAAAAGAUUU